GUCAGUUUACAUAUGUCACUGUCAUAGUAAUGGUAAAUAUUUUGAUGGCAAACGAGCUCGCACAUAAACCUUAAAUAAUUAGAAUUUUUCCAAAAUAUGGACAGAAGAUUGUCAUAACACAAUGUCUAGUACACAACCAAACGCUGACGCCAAGUGUCAGGAAAUAAACAAACCAAUAAGUUACCACGAAAUUGCGGCAAAACUUAUAAAUGAUAGACUUCUUCUAACCGCCUUGGAGCUACAUACAGAAUUGGUGGAAUCAGGAAAAGAAUUGAAAGUGUUACGUGACUACUUUUCCAAUCCGGGCAACUUUGAAGUACAAACAUCGGAAGCACCCUCACUAAUUUCACGAUCGGGAAGUCAGCUCACUUUAGAUAGUCUAGAUCUCACACGGUUUUCGGAGGACGGCGAGCGGAGUGUCGAUGAAAGGGUCGCCGUUUUGGAAUUUGAAUUAAGGAAGGCUCGUGAAACAAUAAGUGCUUUGAGGAAUAAUUUGACCGUUGCGAUUGAAUCGGAAACAAGUACGCCAGAUAAAAAAACAAGCAGAGUGCAGAGCAGCGACGCUAUCAAACCCCAUGAACAAAGGGCGUUGAAUUUUUUAAUUAACGAGUAUCUGUUGACGCACGGUUACAAAUUAACGUCGAUAACCUUUGCUGAUGAAAAUGAAAGUCAGGAUUUCGAAGAUUGGGACGACGUCGGAUUAAACAUCUCGAAACCGGCCGAGUUACUAUUGCUGUAUAGGGAAGGUCUAAAACAAACAGGUCAACAUUGUGUUCAGUCGUACACGCAAACAGAUUUGCCUCUUAGGGAUGAGAAUGCGGAGGUAAAAAUAGGAAAGUUGAAUAACGAAAUAGAAAAACUGAGCUCAAAAAUAUUAGAACUAAACACAAAAGUAAUUGAUUUACAAAAUGAGAAUGUACGACUAUGUCAUAAGAAUGAGGAUUUAGCAAGUAGAAAAGUAGAAUUAUUAAUAGACUCUCAUAGUAAAAAUUCCAGUAGCGAUGGUAAUUCUCCUGAACACUUUGAAAUCAUAGAUAGAGGCACAUUACCUGUAAAAAAACAAGAUCUAUACGACAAUGUGUCGAAUAAUAGCUUAAAUGAGAGCGAGUGGACCAACCUUCCUACAAACAUACAUGAAGAGAUAUGCGAAGACAACAAAUCGAAAACCGUCACCCCUCAUUGCUAUAAGAAUUUUCAUCUACUCUGCAGACACCUACCUAGUGGAUUCAAACGAGAGUUACUAUCCCAUUCGUUAAUAAGUGGCAUAGAAAAUCAGGCGUUCGAAAACAUAUCCAACGAAAGUCUCAUUCACGUGAUCUCGCAAGCUCUCCUAAAAAUCAUUCCGAAUAUUAUACUGAACAAGCGCGAAGAAGUCAUUCCGCUACUCGUCUGUCUGGUGUACUUAAAUCCGAACGCUGCUGAACGAGACAAACUGCUGCAGCAGCUUUUCAAUUUGAAAAAGAAACCGUCUCGAGAAGAACGCGAGGUUAUCUUAGCGGGUAUUGUUAGCAUCGCGCGGUGUUCUGGCGAAAAUUUGGUGGAAAAUGAAAUUCUUCCUCAGUGUUGGGAACAACUAACACAUAAGUAUGUGGAGAGACGGCUGUUGGUUGUCGAGUCGUGUAUGGUUCUUAUUCCUUAUGUGUCUAGUCCCAUUCGAAACUCUCUAAUGCUCUCGAUGUUGCAACAAAUGCUUGAAGACCGAGACGAAAUCGUCCGCGAGAUGGUCGUACGCGCUUUGGCGAUGGUCGUCGGGUUCUGCGACGACGGCGACAAGUACUGGCAGUGCGAGGAGCUGGCGAUCCGGACUCUGGAAGAUUCCAGCGACGUGGUCGUCAACGUCAGUGUCCAGGUGCUAUUUCCCGUUUUGGCGCAGUGGGCUUUAGCUUUAGAUCGAUUGCAAACAGACUUGAUAAAGCAGCUUUUGUAUAAAUUGAAUAAGUACUUAAAGGACGAGACGUCUGAAUGUUACGCCGUGCAUCUUGUAAAUGCGAUCGAUAAUUUAUUACCGUUUGUUUUGGUUCAUGUGUGCAGUUACCAUAAGAUUUUGGAUAAUAUAGAAAAGGACAUGGCAAUCGAAAUAAAGCCUGAUGUCCUAAAAUUGUGUACGAACUUAACGAACCCGGCGAACUUUUACGAAGGCGACUUUAACGCCGGCAUGAUCUUUUACGAAUUCGAUAACUACAUCGAACUGAACACGACCGCCUUUUGGCCACAGUUGGACUGGCUCCUAGACAUUGUGUUACCGGACCUUUUGAACAAUCUCAACCACAUAGACCUCUCGCAGCACUCGCUCAUUCAGAGCGUCAUCAGCUUACAGCAACAUACCUGCGUACUUUUCGGAAAGAACUUCGCUCGCACACGAAUUUAUCCGUUGUAUAAUACUCACGUUCAAAAUUUGGAGCAGAUUAUCUCCAGCUUUAACCAGUAUUCGCCCAAUUUAAGUAUAAUACCCGUUUAUUUGAUCUCAGUGUUGAGCUUUUGCGAUCGUGAGGAGUUAACUAGCUCGUUUAAGCGCUUCAUCUGUGCAUUACCUCUGUGUGGAACGCCUUUAGAUUGUUUGGAGAUCACAGUUAAAGGUUUAUGUGAUGUCGGUAUGCAGGAGGUGGUGGUGAUAUGCUUGUGGGAUGGUGUAGUACAUCAGCGACCGCUCGUAAGAGCGGCGGUUGCAGCUCUCUUUGGGACCAUUAUCAAACAUUGCCAUGAGGGUUUGCUUGCUUCAAAGAUUACGCCGGCUUUAGUUACGUUAGCUAAUGACAGUGAUGUCCUAGUCAGAACGGCUACCGUGCCUGGUUUGGGAAACCUUAUAACCGAAUCGACGGUCGCGGAGGUACACGAUAAAGCGUAUAUGCAGCUACAGACGUGCUUAUCGGAUCCGACUUGUAAGGAGAAUCACAGUUUGUUAAGGCAGCUUGUUGUCACCUUGGGUAACAUUGCUAAUAACUGCAAGGUGUCUUUUAGGGAUGAAGUGAUCUUACCUCAGCUGUCAUCGUUGUCGACUUACACGUGCGUCAUGUCAAAUCAAACACGCAAAGUGGAUAUGGUUUUGGCACUGUUAGAAGCCUUCUCUAAUGUUUUGUACAGCCCAUUGAGUAAGCAAACGAUUAUUGCUGUACUUUUGCCUGGCUUAAGAUCACUGGAGGCGAUAGUAGUUGAAAAUCCGUCGUUAUUGCCGCACAAAGAGUCCAUAACUUCUAUGAUACGGGAAACCGAAAAUCGAAUAAACGCGGCGGGCGUACAAGUGCCGUCGGACCGGGGCGCGUCCAACACUCUCGGACAGAACGUAAAUCAAGGAGUAGAAGAAAUGAAGCAGAGAGUGAGUAAAAUAUUUAAUAAGCCGUCGAGCAAUCCUUUACCGAAUCUGCAAGGUAUCUUUAAGAAAAAGUAAAUUCUUUGCCUAUCUUUAGAAUUAUGUAGUCAAGUUUGUGAUUCAAAGGUAGUGCCUUUCAUAUUUUCGUAUCUUAAGAACUUAUUGAUUAGGUUGUGAAAUGUAAUUUUAUAUGUGUCUGUUGUACUUAUGUAUUGUUUAUUGAUUUUUCUAGUGCAUGUUAUCCAAUGUUAACAAUGGGAGAGGUAAUUUUUAUAUUCUAUUUGCUUGUUAAAUACAUGUUAAUGAUUUUUU